UUGAACCACUUUGACACUCUGCGCAAACUAUUCUGCACUGAAUGACGAAGAGGAACCUUCUCAGAUCCGGGUUGAGUGAAGUUAUGCCUUGUCCAGCUGGAGGAUAAGCUACGUGUAAUUUCUAAGCAAAAAUGGCUGAUAGGAGGGGUAGUAACGUUCCCAAUUCAAACGCAAAUUUACUGUUCUCUGCGGCACCUGAGUUCAAUUUUAACCUGCCUUUCAUACCUGUCAGUCAAGCUUCUGGUCCUGCGGUGUUAUCAGGAGACGACUCCACUGACGUUGGUGAGGAAGACAGCUUCUUGGGCCAGACCUCCAGCACAGCCCCACAACCCUCCACAUUCAGCUACUUCUCCAGUUCGACCACCAGCAGCGACCCUUUCGCCUCCAUCGGGCACCAGCCAUGCCCGCCCCCAGCCCCCACUGUCGCCCCCAUGACCUCUGGGCCCUCGCUAGUCUCCAGCCCUGCUGCUGCCACGUUGGCUGCCGGCCCCACAUUACCCCACUCCAGCGCCCCUGCUCCGCAGUUCAACAGCGCAGUUUACCAAAACCCCAUGGGCCAGUUUACUCCCCCUUCCACCAUGGGAACUCCUCCACCUCCCCAGCCCUCCCAGCAAUCCUACAACCCCUAUCGUCACACGCCUCUGAGCAGCAGGGCCAAGCCCUAUAUGCCAGCCCCUGAAGUCUCGCAGCAGAUUCCCCCACAGAACACCAACCCUUACGCACAGGGACCCCCUGCUCAGACAUUCCAGAUGGCACCUUCUGCAUUUGCAACGCCCCCUCCUCCUCCUCCUACCACGCAGAGUCCAAUGCCUCCCAUGGGGCCCAGUAUGGCUGGACCUCUGGUGCCGGCCAACCCCAUGAUGCCGUACCACUACAACGUCUACGAGCCUGUGCAGCUCCACUGGUUCUACUGCAAGCAAGUGGAGUCCAAGAAGGUCUGGCUCCCCUUAAGUAUCCUGGACUCUCUUCGCCUGGAGGAGACCUUCAAUUCAGUCCAACCAGACCCAGAGAAUGUGAUCGUGUCCACGGAUGGCGGUCGCUAUGACGUCCAGCUGUAUGACCGGAUGCGCACGGCGGUGUAUUGGGAGGAGGAGCCGACGGAGGUGCGCCGCUGCAGCUGGUUCUACAAAGGAGACACAGAUAGCCGCUUCAUUCCAUACUCGGAGGAGUUCAGCGAGAAACUGGAGGCUGAAUAUAAAAAAGCUGUAUCCACUAAUCAGUGGCAUCGAAGACUGGAAUUCCCAUCAGGAGAAACUAUCGUCAUGCAUAAUCCAAAGGUGAUUGUCCAGUUCCAGCCGUCUGCCAUGCCAGAUGAAUGGGGCACCACCCAAGACGGGCAGACGAGACCCAGAGUGGUCAAGAGGGGGAUAGAUGACGACCAUGAUGAAGUCCCUGAUGGAGAAAUGCCGCAGGUGGACCAUCUGGUGUUUAUGGUGCACGGGAUUGGCCCGGUGUGUGACCUGAGGUUCCGGAGCAUGGUGGAGUGUGUGGACGACUUCCGUAGCGUGUCCUUGAAGCUCCUGCAGAGUCACUUUAAGAAGCCCCAGGACGAGCGGGUAAUCAGCCGGGUGGAGUUCCUGCCUGUGCAGUGGCACACAGCCCUGCAUGGGGAUGCCACCGGAGUGGACAGGCGGAUAAAGAAGAUCACUCUACCCAGCACAGGUCGCUUACGCCAUUUCACUAAUGAGACGCUCCUAGAUGUCCUCUUCUACAAUAGCCCCACAUACUGCCAGACCAUCAUGGACACAGUUGCCAAGGAGAUCAAUCGCAUCUACGUUCUUUUCAUGGAAAGGAAUCCUGACUUUAAAGGCGGCAUAUCUGUGGCUGGACACAGUUUAGGUUCUCUCAUUCUUUUUGACUUGCUAUCAAAUCAGAAGACAGGCUCUCCUUCUGGUACCCCAACGGCCAAUGGCAAUACUUCUCCUGACUCCAAACAGCAGAGCAGCACACCAGUCAGUGAGGAGAACAGUGUUCCAAGUCAGCCGGUGUUUGAGGAGGAGCCAAAGGAGGAGGGGGAGGAGUUUGCAGAUCUCUCAGCUGUUCUGGAGCACCUGGGUCUCUCAGAAUACCAGAGCACAUUUGAACAGGAGAAGAUUGAUGUAGAAUCUUUUCUGAUGUGCACAGUUGAGGAUUUGAAAGAGAUGGGCAUUCCCUUGGGGCCACGCAAGAAGUUUGCCAAGUUUGUCAAAGAGAGAGCAAGCAAGCAGGCGGCAGCAGCGGAAAAGCCAGCCAUAAAGGAAGUGGUAAAAGAGGCACCUCCACCUCAAAAUGCAGAGCCGGUCCCAACCCUAGUCCCUAGUAAACCUCCUGUUGGAAGAACCAUGUCCUCCAUCCAUGUGGACUACAACUACUUUGAGAUCGGUACUGGACAGGUGUCUGUGAUCUAUCACACACUGGACUUUGAGCCUUCUAAUUUCUUUGCCCUGGGCUCCCCUAUCGGCAUGUUCCUCACAGUAAGAGGUCUGGAGAGAAUUGAGGAGACCUAUCAACUGCCUACCUGCAAGGGAUUCUUCAACAUUUACCACCCAUUGGACCCUGUGGCCUACCGCAUUGAGCCCAUGAUUCUGCCAGACGUGGACCUCAAGCCUGUCCUGGUCCCCCACCACAAGGGCCGAAAGAGAUUACAUCUGGAGCUGAAGGAGAGCCUGACGCGGAUGGGCUCGGACCUGAAGCACAGCGUCAUCAGCUCCCUGAGGAGCGCCUGGCAGACGCUCAACGACUUUGCGCGAGCUCACACCUCCAACGCUCAGCUCCAGGCCGAACUGGCCAUCGUGGCCAACCAGAUCCAGCAGGAGGAGCAGAAGCAACUGCAAGGAGAGGAAGGAGAGGUGGGCAAGAUGGUGGACAGCCCUGAGCAGAAGGAGGAUUACCCGUCCGUUAAGGUUGGAAUGCUGAAUGGAGGAAACCGCAUUGACUAUGUCCUGCAGGAGAAACCCAUAGAGAGCUUCAAUGAAUACCUCUUUGCUCUUCAAAGUCAUCUUUGCUACUGGGAGUCUGAGGACACAGCCCUGCUAAUUCUGAAAGAGAUCUACAACACCAUGGGCAUACAUCCAGAACAGAUUAUUCAUUGAUGAAGUGCAAUACAUAAAACCACACAGACCUUUUCUUUGAAACAUUCAAAACUGCAGUAGAUUCUAGUCAAUACCUGUAAGUGUAGUUGGUGGAUUCAUUAUACAGGAAAGUGUCUUUGUUUAGGUUUUUCUUUUUUUUUUCUACUGUAGUAUUGUAAAAACAGAUACAUGUGUAUUAUGCCAUAUGUCUUAAAUUAAGAAAAAGAUACUUAGUGGAUUUCAAGGCCACAUUGUUUUAAAAUGAUUUUUAGAGUAAAUACAACUGCAGUUGAAAUUCCCAUGAAGUUGAUCAAUUACAUGGGGGGAAAUGGAGCCACAAUUAAUGUGAAAAUACCCAACAGUCGCGGCAAGACUGACAUUAUUGCAUAAUUAACAAGUCAUAAAAUAAACAAAGGUGUUUAUGAUUAACACA